AUGAACAUGCAAGACGUAUGGAGACUAUCUGCGCCCUACGCGAGGCGAACCGUCGCCGUGGCUGUUAUGGAUAACGGCCUCAACUUCAGCGAUCCUGAGAUCGCUCCUUAUCGCGGCGUCUUCCGUAAGAAGAGCGGUGGAUCCAUCGAUGGUGGCUGGAAUUUCGUGGACGACUCCUCAAACUUAACAUCGGCUAAUCAGCAUGGUCAGGCGUGUGCCAGAAUUAUCGCGGCCAGGAAGAACAAUAGCAACGAUAUGGCCGGAAUGGCGUCCAAUGUACGUUUGGUGUCGUUGAAAACCCAGGGAGAGGAUGGUACUGGUAGCUGGGAACAUAUAGCUGAAGCCAUGGAUAUGGCCGUCGAUAUUGGAGUCGAUGUCGUAUCAAUCUCACUGGGAGAAUUCAUAUCAAAGAGCUACGGCGACAUGGUCCUGGGCAAGGCCUUCAAAGCAGCAACUGGCCAGAAUAUCAUUGUUGUCGCCGCCGCUGGUAACAAUGGACAGCGGGCUGACACAUUCUAUCCCUGCCUACUACCACGCGUGAUCUGUGUGGGUGCUCUCAGGAACCAGGACACUCUUGAAAUGGCUGGUUCUAGCAACUACGGUGAUAACGUCGAUAUAGCUGCCUACGGCUCUGAAAUCUACACCGGUGCUAACAGAUUUUCCUCGGGCACAUCUUUCGCCUGUCCUAUCGUCUCUGGAGCAGCCGCGAUCUUGCUUUCUAUGGGCGUUAAGCCAAAGUACGUUGCUGGGAUACUCACCCAUAACGUUGAUCGAUUCAAUAGCCCAUCGAGGCCCAUGAGGAAGCAUGCCGGAGCUCUGAACCCGCUAAAAGCUGUCAAUAUGGCGAUCGAUUAUCCCAUUUUGAGACGCUAA